GAGUUCUCCAAAAAAAAUAGAAAAAUCUAAAAUGGCAUUACGAGUAAAAAGCCACGUCAUUGCCAUCCGUUAAAAAGUUUUACAAGAGCAUUCGUGUGGCUGGUGUAUACUUGAAUCCAGUAGGCUUUUAGCCUCCGAGCGGAUAACUAUAGAAAUUUAACGAAAGCGCAGUGUUUGUGUUAAACAGUGACAAAAAAAAAUAAUAAAAAGAAGAGCUAUAACUUAUAAAAAAUUCAAAAAGUUGAGAAUUUCAAAUUCAAACAGCCAGCAAAAAAUUUUAACUGAAAAAUUUAAAACAAGCAUUUAAUUAAAGCAGCAAAAUAAAAAAAAAUAUUUGCAAAUAUAAAAUAAACUCCUAAAAAAAAGUUUUGUGCCAAAAAAAUUUAAAAUAAAAAUCAAUUUUACUUAAAGAAAACAAAAAAAUAAUUACUCAAUAUUAAUUAUUAAUUACAAUAAACAGGUGCAAAAAAAUAUACAUACACUUUGAAAAAAAAAUUAAUAAAGAAAAUUAUACUUAUAUUUACAAUUAUAACAAAUCAAUUGAAAUAAAAUUAAAAGAGUUUUAAAGUUAUUUUAUUGUAGUGUUGUUGUUGUUGCUGUUCUCGAACUACCAACGAGUUGCUGACAGUGUAGUGCACUAGUAUAUAAAGAAUUUUGGAAUACAAUAUAUAUAAAAAAAACCCAUCAGAAAAAAAUAUGUAAAAUAUCCAAAAAGCAAAUAAAUUAAAAGAGCCCAACCAAGUAGUGAAAAAGUAAAUUAAAUUGUAAUACAAUCAUUUGAAAUAAUAUUGAAAAGUACACAGUGAUAUACACAAGAGGCCAACACCACCACCACACACACCACCAACAAAUUAUUGCAAACUCAAGAAAUCUAGUGAAAACGUAAAGAAAAGAUUUUCAAACACAAAUUCAUGGAAUUCUUGUACAACUAAUGAACAAAAUUAUCAGCAGAUUGUUUUGAAAAAAGUUCUUUUGUGUGGCACAUAGAUAAAAAAAGAUGGUCGUGCUGUCUGGCUCACUGUACUUGAUAGUCAAAUGACAAUAACAUUACGAGGCUGGAUGCAAACUUAGCUCGGUUUAAUACUAAGCACUACAGUCUGGCCAAUACAAACAAAUGCUAGUGAAUACCUAGUUGCAACAGCUAAAACAGUGGAUAGCAGUUUUGUGUGUUUCUUUGAGUGUCUUUGUCGGCGAAGAAGAUAGUCUUUUUUUUAGUACAAUGUUGCACUCCUCCGUGCAGGAGCAGCACAACCAGCAUGGAAAUAAUAACAGCCACAACAACAAUAAUAACAACAACAACUACAACAACAUCACAACGACAUCAAUGACUUCAGCAAACAGCACAAAUUUGAAUGCCAAUGCUGAGGGCACAAAAGCAUCAACUCAAGCCAUAGAGAUACGAUCGUUAGCUGCUGCCCAGCUAGAGCAGCAGCACAACGGCCAGAAGAGUCAGAAACAUAACAAUGCAGAUAACGAUUCUCUGGCUGGGGCGAGAAGCAGCAGCAUUAAUAUGGCCACCAGGGCGAGAAUAAGAGAAGCAUCCACGAGUACGGGCAGUACAAACUCAAAUAUAAUGCAUUCCAAUGAAGAUUCUGGCAUCGAGGCCAGACAUCGACGAGGUGGCAGCAGUAGUAGUGGCGGUGCUGGUAAUAAUGGCUCACGCAGCAGCCAUCGCCAUCGAAAAACAAGUUCCUCAAGUGCCAAAGCAUCAACAGGAAAUGUGGUGACAAACAAUGUUGGUGCUGGCUCUUCAACAGCGUCUACCAAAAAUCAAUACAACAAUAUCACAGCGGCUCAGAAACCAGAUGAAGCCAUUAUCCAACAGCAGCAGCAGCAACAGCCACCCACAACAGCCUCUCAACGUAACUUACAAUCCCACCAAAACUCGAAUACAAUUAAAAACAGGUCUUCUAAUAAUCUUAAGAAAAAUGCCCGCGAACGCAGUGAUGAUGAGCGAUUGAGUAUAGCCAAUGACAGCACUGAAGAGUCCACCAGACAGCGCCGGCGUCGUUCGAAACGUAUAAGUAAACACACAGCAGCCAAUUCUUCCUCGUCCUCCUCAUCAUCCAGCUCAUCAGUGUCGUCAACGGGUUCCAGUUGUAAUGGCAGCUGCAGUUCCGAUGACGGCGACUCGUCCACCUCAUCGGGUGAACCGAAUUUAGCGUAUCCUGGUUUUCCGGAAGUGGCCCUCAAGUAUUUGACACAAGGUUCGAGACCGCGCAAUUGGUGUCUAAUGCUGAUUACAAAUCCAUGGUUCGAGCGCAUAUCAAUACUGGUGAUAUUAUUAAAUUGCAUAACACUGGGCAUGUAUCAGCCUUGUGUGGACGAUGAUUGUGUAUAUAAUCGCUGUAAAAUACUACAGAUCUUAGAUGACAUUAUAUUUGCUUUCUUUGCCUUGGAAAUGAGCAUUAAAAUGGUGGCCAUGGGUAUUUAUGGUAAAAAUACCUACUUGGCCGAUUCCUGGAAUCGUUUGGAUUUUUUCAUCGUAUGCGCUGGCCUCUUUGAAUAUGUCAUGCAUGUGAAAAAUUUAAAUUUAACAGCCAUACGAACAAUACGUGUCUUGAGACCUUUAAGAGCCAUUAAUCGUAUACCAAGUAUGCGUAUUUUGGUGAUGCUAUUGCUGGACACUUUACCCAUGCUGGGCAAUGUCUUGCUGUUAUGCUUCUUUGUCUUUUUCAUAUUUGGCAUAAUUGGCGUACAACUUUGGCAGGGCAUUUUAAGGCAAAGAUGCGUUUUAGAGGUGCCUCCCUCCAUACGAGUGCCAUUGAAGGAACUACCUGAUGUGUACAGAGUUCGAGUCCGUGUUAACUCUAUUUCCUACUACUAUGAGUUCUCCAAGGAACAGGAUUAUAUAUGUUCGACGCCAGAAGACUCUGGUAUGCAUAUGUGUUCAGAUUUACCGCCCUAUCGCAUAGGACCCAUGCUCUGUUCGGAAGAGGCAAUACCCAAUCACGACAAUUUACCAACUAAUACUUCAUGUGUUGAUUGGAAUCUGUACUAUUCGAAAUGUAAACAGCAAGGACUUAAUCCUUUUCAGGGUACCAUAUCAUUCGAUAAUAUAGGUAUGGCUUGGGUAGCCAUUUUUUUGGUAAUAUCAUUGGAGGGUUGGACCGAUAUUAUGUACUAUGUACAGGAUGCUCAUAGCUUUUGGGAUUGGAUAUAUUUUGUUUUGCUAAUAGUGAUUGGCUCAUUUUUCAUGAUCAACUUGUGUUUGGUUGUCAUUGCCACCCAGUUCAGUGAGACCAAGAAACGUGAAAUGGAACGCAUGCGUCAAGAACGGGCCCGCUACACCUCCACCUCGACAUUGGCCUCCAGCACCAAUAACUCGGAACCGACCACCUGUUAUGCGGAAAUCGUUAAAUAUAUUGCUCAUCUUUGGCGACGCUUCAAACGACGAAUGUUAAAGAAGUACAGAUUAUAUAAGUACCAACAAAAACAGCGCAAAGAAGGUCUGCUACCCCAUACGGAUAAUUUGACAUUUUCGCCGUCACGCAUUAAGAGUCAUCAUCCCAAAUGUCCCAAGUAUGCCAGCAAUCGUAAGCCAUCGAGUAUACAAGAUCAAAUGAUCACGGUUAUGGUGCCGCUCAACUCCAAUAAUAAUGUAAAUGCCAGUGGCAAUAAUAACAAUCAUAGUCAUGCACAGCAACAGCAGCAGCAGCAACAACAGUUGGUUGCACAAAAUCAACAGCAACAGCAUUCUACUACACAAACUCCCAGCGGUAUGGUGUCCUUGAUAAAUGGCCUACACAAUGGCAAUAGCGCAAGUAAUAAUAAUACCCAACAACAGCAGCAGCAGCAACAUCAUUCUUCCUCAGAAAAUUCUGAACAGUCUUUGGAAAAUGCGGUAGGUGCGGUUACUGGUCGCAAUAGCAAUUAUAAGAAAAUAUCCAAUCAAUUAAAAUCUGAAGCGGACAACAAACAGCAGCAGCAACAGAAAACCAUACUUUUGAAAUUCCCUCAAAAUCUUAUGGAAACCGAUCAGUUAAUUACACAUCCCUGUACAUCCGGCUUUUUAAGUCCCCCCACAUCAGCCAGUCGCCGACCUUCUGUCAUGUUCAAUGAAUACGUUUUAUUGCACACGCCACCGGCUCUCAAGGAACCGCAAUCUAGUGUUGAGAAAACGGUAUGUUCGUCCGAAAAGAUGACACAGGCCGGCGAUGGCAGCAUCUGGCAAGUGAAUCUACCACAGACUCUGGCCAGCAUUACGAACCCUUAUGCAGAAUGUUCAGAUCUCGGUAUACACGACGCCAUGACUUGUCAAGAGCUUUUAGCAUUUUCUGUGGCAUUUUCAGCUGCUUUGCCCACCGGUCAAAGUACUCUGGAAUCGUUUUACUCCUCCUUGGCUCGUUGUGAUCCCCAUACAGCCGAGGCCAUUCGAAAUCAACAGAACUUGGAAAACACCAAUCUGGCCAUGCAACAGCACAAUCAGCUACAGCAGCAGCAGCAACAUCCCAAGCAUUUCUCGGAACAAACUAAAAAACCUUUCGAUGCUGUCAACUCAAAUGGUGGUGCAGUUUGUGGAACAGCACCACCUCCCAGCACCGGUAAUUAUAUGGAAGAUUAUUCCUGCUGCUACGAUCUGUAUCAGAAUGCUCUCUCCCCGCUGGAUGACAAAAAGCGGAAAAAGCGUUCGCGAUUAAUGAGAGUAAUAAUUACCUCCUACCGCUGCAUAAUGCGUGUGUGCGGCACUGGCAGACGCUACGUUAAACGUUUAGUGGAGCACAAGUACUUCCAGCAGGGCAUUUUACUGGCCAUACUCAUAAAUACCCUGUCCAUGGGUAUUGAGUACCACAAACAGCCCGAAGAAUUGACCGUCAUAGUGGAGACCAGCAAUAUUGUUUUCUCCGCCAUAUUUGCGGUGGAAAUGUUACUGAAAGUAGUGGCCGAAGGACCAUUUCGUUAUAUAGCCAAUGGUUUCAAUGUAUUCGAUGGUAUCAUAGUGAUUUUAAGUGCCAUUGAAAUCUGUCAGACGUUCACUGGCAAUGGUACGGGAGGAGGCGGUGGUUCUGGUCUAUCUGUGUUACGCACAUUUCGUUUGUUGCGUAUUUUGAAAUUGGUACGUUUUAUGCCCAACUUGAGACGUCAAUUAUUUGUCAUGCUGCGCACCAUGGACAAUGUGGCCGUAUUCUUUUCCCUGCUCGUCCUUUUCAUUUUCAUAUUUAGUAUACUUGGCAUGAAUCUAUUCGGAUGUAAAUUCUGCGAAAAAGUGGGCGAUGAUGUGGUAUGCGAUCGCAAGAAUUUCGACAGUCUACUGUGGGCUCUCGUCACAGUAUUUCAGAUUCUAACACAAGAAGACUGGAAUGUUGUACUAUUCAACGGCAUGGAAAAGACAAGUCAUUGGGCUGCAUUAUAUUUUGUGGCCUUAAUGACAUUUGGCAAUUAUGUGCUCUUUAACCUAUUGGUCGCCAUUUUGGUUGAGGGAUUCAGUUCAGAGCGAAAUGAACGUCGCGAACGUGAACAACGAGAGUUGGUUAAGAAACUGCGUGAGGAAACAUUGGCCGAAAAUUAUAGCGAUGCUAUGUAUGAUGAAUCGCACAGCGAAGCCGAUUCAUCGUCGACCAAUGAGAGUUACUAUGAGGUUCGCAAUCGUUGGCAUAGUGCCGAAGACAUACGCAAGCACCAGGAGGCCGCUGAAAUGUUCUUGGAGUCUAAGAGUAAUGUGCAAAAGCAGCGCUUGAGUCAACCCGCCAGUCGAGAUCAUCAAAUUAAAGAAGUGGCUUCUGCAGCUGCCUCUACCAAUGCUCUAAGUAAUACAAAUCGUAAAUCUUUAGAAAAGGAUGUGCACAAACCUACUGGUGUUGGUGGCGGAGCUGGGGCUACAGCGGGAGGAGGAGGAGGAGUCAUGAGUUCUACCACUAUUACCGAUGAAGAUCGUAGAGGACUUAAAAAGACAUAUUCCAUUAGAGACAGACGAACAGAUGUUCCUCGUUUGGCUAAAAUUCGACCUAUGCGUGAGCCUCCUAUUAUAACCACAACUGCUGCUACACCUCAGGACUCGCCCAAUACUACUCUGGAAACGGGUACAACUUUCAGAAACUGGGGACCGCCAGAGCCAGACACUACAGAGAGUCCUGUUUCACCCUCACUCCUAAGGCCACCUACCCUAUUCAGUGGCCAACGUUCUCUUGACGAAGGCAUUCCAUCAAUAGACCUCAUUCCGCCAUCUCCUGUCUUGCCCCACAAACCUCACAUUAAUAUUUUAAAUGCCAGCCAAUUGGAAAGCAAUACAAACAACUCCUUGAAUAACUAUGGUCAGGCUGGGGCCACUAGUUCUUUGCUGCCUUCUUCACUAAAUGGUAGUGGUAGUGGUAUUCAAAGUGUUAUUAUUGAUGACAUUUCGAAAAAUUCAAACUCAGCUGCCGGUCCUAUUUAUGUGCCCACAAUAUCCUCGACUGCAGCUAAACUUCAGUUACCUACAUUUACACACACCAGAAGUGAGAGUGGUUCGGCCACGGCAGGUACACCAGUCCUGUCCACGCAGCCCAGUACAUUGAGCUCAAAUGCUCAGGAGUCCUCGGCAGAACCUUUGCAAAGACUGCCUAGUCUUAAACGUUUUCGUCGUUCCAGUUCAAAGAGAAAGAAGCCUGAUACUCUAACUGCCGAAGAUGUAGAGCAUCAACUCAAUAAUGGCAGCGACAAUUCCUGCUUGUUAACAGAUAGUCCUUCGGCAAGAGCGGAGGCCUUCCUAAAACCCAGCACGCCAAAUUUAUCUGUUAAAAGCAAGGAAACCAAUCGUCUAAGUCCUCAAAAUUCUAUUAGACGUCUGUCUACUUCACUAAGCAUAGGCAGUGGACCCGGCAGUAGGCGUGCUUCGGCUUGUCUCUUCAACUCUCACAUGUAUCAGAAUCUCAAUCAACCAUCAAAGUUGCACAGUGCUACCGGCAAGCGUAGAAUGUCUUCUAUAGAGCUGGCCUUUACGAAAACAUCCCACCUGAAUCUGCACAACUUGGAACCAUCUCGCAAGUCUUUGUCUUACACCAACUCAAAAUUGGAUUUGGACAAGUGGCAGAAAAGCUAUGCAUGUGUUGGUGAAACGGAUAUGUUGCAGCAAUAUAUGCAAGAGCGUGAAAGACGCAAGAACUCCAUUAGCCAGUAUCCCAAAAAGAUCAAUGAGGAGGAAUUUAAGGAGCAACAACAUUCCACAGUAUCACAUUCGGAACGUAUGUCAAAAAUAAAAAUUCUUAUUGAAAGACUUGUUCCACAUGAUUUCACGAAUGAACGAAGAACAUAUUCACUCUACAUAUUUCCCGAGAAUAAUAGGUUCCGUCGCAUUUGCAUUUGGUUCGUUAAUCAAAAAUGGUUUGACAACCUGGUUCUACUGUUCAUUGCCCUCAAUUGCAUAACUCUGGCAAUGGAGCGGCCCAACAUACCACCAUACAGCACCGAAAGACUAUUUUUGUCUACAGCGAAUUAUGUCUUUACAGCCGUUUUCACCUUAGAAAUGCUCAUUAAGGUUGUGGCUACUGGUAUGUUUUAUGGCCCAGAUGCCUACUUUACAUCUGGCUGGAAUAUAAUGGAUGGAUCGCUGGUGACGAUUUCAAUCAUUGACUUGUUAAUGUCACUGAUCAGUCAAUCCAGUCCUAGGAUAUUUGGGAUUUUAAGGGUGUUUCGACUACUUCGUUCCCUGCGGCCGCUGCGUGUUAUCAACCGAGCCCCGGGUUUGAAAUUAGUCGUGCAAACGCUCUUAUCGUCCCUUCGACCUAUUGGCAAUAUUGUGCUCAUCUGUUGCACAUUCUUCAUUAUAUUUGGCAUUCUGGGCGUGCAGCUGUUCAAGGGUACGUUCUACUUUUGCGAAGGCGAAAACAUCAAACACGUUCGCAAUGCAUCAGACUGCCUCAGCAUACCGGGUAAUGCUUGGGUCAAUAGAAAAUACAAUUUCGAUGAUUUGGGUAAGGCACUUAUGUCGUUGUUUGUCCUGAGUUCGCGCGACGGCUGGGUCAACAUUAUGUACACCGGGCUUGAUGCGGUCGGCAUUGAUCAGCAACCGAUAGUCAACUACAACGAAUGGCGUCUGCUGUACUUUAUUGCAUUUAUUUUGCUCGUAGGAUUCUUUGUGCUCAACAUGUUUGUGGGAGUCGUUGUCGAGAAUUUCCAUCGCUGUCGUGAAGAGCAAGAGAAGGAGGAGAAAAUACGGCGUGCAGCCAAACGGGCCUUGCAGAUGGAAAAGAAGCGAAGACGAAUGCAUGAGCCACCCUACUAUAUCAAUUACUCGCCUUCACGCAUGUUUGUUCACAACGUAGUCACAUCGAAAUACUUUGACUUGGCGAUAGCGGCAGUGAUUGGCCUGAAUGUUGUUACGAUGGCCAUGGAAUACUACCGGAUGCCGAUGGCGUUGGAGUACACAUUGAAGAUAUUUAAUUACUUUUUUACCGCUGUGUUCAUACUCGAAGCCAAUAUGAAGUUGGUGGCUUUGGGAUGGCAUCUGUACCUGAAGGACAAGUGGAACCAACUGGAUGUCAGUAUUGUUCUAUUGUCCAUUGUCGGCAUAGUGUUGGAAGAACUAGAAACGGAAAAUAAAAUGCCCAUCAACCCGACGAUAAUGCGGGUGAUGCGUGUGCUGCGUAUAGCGAGAGUGUUGAAACUGUUGAAAAUGGCCAAAGGGAUUCGAGCUUUGCUGGACACGGUGAUGCAAGCGUUGCCUCAAGUUGGCAAUUUGGGCCUGCUCUUUUUCCUGCUGUUCUUUAUUUUCGCUGCGCUCGGCGUGGAAUUGUUCGGCAGACUCGAGUGUUCCGAGGAGAUUCCAUGCCAGGGCCUGGGCGAACAUGCACAUUUCGCCAAUUUCGGGAUGGCUUUCCUCACAUUGUUUCGCGUAGCGACUGGCGAUAAUUGGAACGGCAUCAUGAAAGACACAUUGAGGGAUAACUGUGAUGACGCACCGGAUUGCGUACGCAACUGUUGCGUCAGCUCCGUAAUCGCUCCCAUCUUUUUUGUGAUAUUCGUGCUAAUGGCGCAAUUCGUGUUAGUGAACGUCGUCGUGGCUGUACUGAUGAAACACCUCGAGGAGAGCCACAAACAGAUGGAGGACGAAAUGGAUAUGGAAGUCGAACUCGAACGCGAAUUAGUGCGUGAACAGGAAUUUGAGCAGGAACAAAAACUUUGCGAACAACUGCAACAGCAAACAAAACCGCCUGCGCCAGCCCAACGUCAACUGGGCAAAGUCAAAUCACUGCCAAUGAACUUUAUCUACAACACCCCCUCUCUGGAGAAGAAGUUUACCGGUGUUCUAAACGCCACCAACAAUCGCCGACAAACGGUCCAGUACUUCAACCAACAGAACGGUCUGGGCCUGGCAGAGAUGGGUGGUGCUUUCAAGACACAAGCUCUCACACAACUUAUCCCUGAGACGGCCACAACCGAAGAGAACAGUUUCGACUCCAAACUACAAAUACCUCCCACAGCAAGACGUGGACGACGUUGCUCGACAGCUCUGCGUAAACGUGGUAUGCUAACGAAAGAACGAUCUCUGGACGAACAAGCCAUUCGUCGUCGUACCCUCGAAUCGAAGCGUAUGAGUUCCGAUUCUUUGCCUUGGGGAGGCGAUGUCGUUGAUUUUCGCAGUGGCACUAUCUUCGAGAGUCUAGAAUCGGACGGCAGUCCCUCCUCCACAUACGACGUGCACAGCAUACGCAGCGAAGAAGUUCCACGCAGCGUAUCCGAUGUAGCCAGCAUCGUUAGCGCGGUUGUUAGUGAAAAACCAGCCAGUGCGGCUACAUCGAGUGCAUCCACAACGAGGCGACCUUACGGUCGUUCCCUCUCAACAGAUCCCACAUUCUUGGGUCCUGCACGCACAAAUCUACUCUCUGUACCACGUUCCAUGCCACCGCGCAGUCGCAGUGGCAGCACCAAGCAACUAUUCAAACAACAAGCGCUCGACGAAGAUCCCGACAUGGAUGAGAGCUCCUUGCUGCUGCCAGUGGUCAUGGAAAGUGGAACUGAUGCCAAUACUAAUACACAAAAUGAGAAUAAAGCCAACGUCGAUAUAAAUGGUCGUUUAUCCGCAGAUAUUCCAAUAGUCGAAGGUCUGAGCAAAUCUGAUUCGGCCGAAAUUUUACGCAUAAUAUCAGAACGCAGACGCAUGGAUCAACGUGACAACAGCGGCAAUGAAGAUUCUGACUAUAACGAAUUGUUAUUAGUCAAAUCUCCUCAGUCAUCCAUAGAUGGCUAGCUCAACAACUUUAUUUAACUUAUCGUUAACAUUCAUAUAACAUAAUACAUACAAACAAACAACAACUGCGCGCUGUCACUCUCAAAACAUUUAACAUUUGAAAUGUCAAUUGAACUGCAAUCUCAUAAUCAUUAGGGAAUUUUGGAUGCAUACUUUCUUUCUUUCUCUCUCUCUCUCUCUCAUCCCCACAUACAGUCUUAAGUCAAUACAAAAUGUUAAUAAUGGUUUUCAUUGCAAAGAGAAUAUAACAUAAUACAUACAAACAAACAACAACUGCGCGCUGUCACUCUCAAAACAUUUAACAUUUGAAAUGUCAAUUGAACUGCAAUCUCAUAAUCAUUAGGGAAUUUUGGAUGCAUACUUUCUUUCUUUCUCUCUCUCUCUCUCUCAUCCCCACAUACAGUCUUAAGUCAAUACAAAAUGUUAAUAAUGGUUUUCAUUGCAAAGAGAAAAUUUAAGUUUAUGAAUUGUUAACGUAACAUUUGCUUUAUAACCGGUCUGUAACGUGCAGUUAGACAAAUUCAAGAGCCAGCCCACAACAACAUUAGCAGCAGCAGUAGCAGCAUCAUCAACUCUCUGUGAUUAGCCAAAUAAUUAAUACUAAAAGAAUUUCAGAUUUUAAGGAUAUGUCAGGCAAUGUAUGCAAAGCAAUUGAUAGAAUAUUUAGCUAGAGCGAAAAAAACAAAACGAACAAGCGAACGAACGAACUACUAAGUGAACCGAUCUUAUAAAUACAUAUAUACGAGUUUGAGUAUCUAGAAAGUAUAAGUAGCUAAAACAGUGUAAAUAUUAAAUGUAGUUUAAUUAAAAGGAAACUGGAUUGAUCAUUCUUACGCUGUCUUCUUCUUCUUUUAAUCCUAAUCUUAAGUCUAAGCUUAUAAAACUUCAAUUAAAGUCUUCUAGACGUCAUAUACCUAACUUAUCAUAAAGAGAAUUUUAUACAUUUGCUUGGACGUACUAUGUAUGUAGUUAGUGUAGGUUAGUGUUAGAGUAUUAUUUCAAUUUAAUAUGAAACUUAGCAAGAAUCCAAAGUUGUGGUCAUUUCAUUAAUUUCACUUAAAAAUACUUUCUCAAUUAGGAUAUAGAGUGAAAAGAGCUGCUUGUUGAAUCAUAUAAACUUGGUUAACAUUAAUAUUGUGUAGCGUUAUUUAGUUGCUAAAUAUUGUUUGACAGAUUUAAAUAAAACAGAGAAAUAAUAAUUAUAAUAAAUACUACAUUUAUGUACACAUAAGAAAUGUUUGUUAAAUUUGUGGCAUUCAAUGAAAAAAACAAAAAAGAAAAAACGAAACAAUUAAUAAUUAAUGAAGAAAAAAAAAAAAAAUAAUUACAAAAAUUAGCUGUUAAAACGAGUUUAUAUUUAAUGGUAGAACAACAACAAACAAAACAAAAAAUUUAAAAACAAAAACGCAUUUAUAUUGAAAAUUUUAAUAUAAGAAAAACAAUUGAUAAACCAAA